AUGAACAUCAAUACAAAUGAAACCGCUGAGUUCUAUCGUGAAUGUGGCGCCGGGGACCACGAAGGAAAAGAAACUACACCUUUAUUAACGAAUGGAUCAGUGCAGACCAGGGCCAAAGGAGCCUCCUUCGCCUCCUCUGUGUUUAACCUGAUGAAUGCCAUCAUGGGCAGCGGCAUACUGGGUCUAGCUUAUGCUAUGGCUAAUACUGGAAUAGUUGGUUUUUGUCUCCUGUUAGUACUAGUGGCCAGCCUGGCAGCGUACUCUAUACAUCUCCUUCUGAAGCUAUGUGACCAAACAGGUAUCAAUUCUUAUGAAGACCUUGGAGAGCGAGCCUUGCACAAACCAGGAAAAGUUCUGGUGGGAAUUUCUAUUAUUAUCCAAAAUAUUGGUGCCAUGUCAUCCUAUUUGUUCAUCCUGAAGUCGGAGCUUCCUGUAGCCAUCGACAGCUUCUUGAACCCAGACAGCAUAGAACAUGCGUGGUAUGAAGAUGGCAGGUUGCUUCUGAUUCUGGUCACACUUUGUGUUGUUCUACCUCUGUCAAUGUUACCUAAAAUUGGUUUCCUGGGCUACACCAGUAGCAUUUGCUUUUUAUUUAUGCUGUACUUUGCAAUCGUGGUUGUGGUCAAGAAAUUUUCCAUCCCCUGCCCACUGCCUCACAAUGUGACUACACUUUCAGGUGCCUUCCAGAUAUCAAAUUUCUCUGACUCAGAAUGUACACCCAAACUCUUUAUCAUGUCCAGUAAGAGUGGCUACGCCAUCCCCACCAUGGCCUUCUCCUUCCUGUGCCACACGGCUAUCCUGCCAAUCUACUGCGAACUGGACCAACCUACUAAGGCCAAGAUGCAGAACAUUACAAAUGUCGGUAUUAGCCUCAGCUUCCUGGUUUACCUAAUUUCUGCCUUGUUUGGCUAUCUCACCUUCUACGGUCAUGUGGACUCUGAGCUGUUGCUUGGCUACAAUAGGUAUAUGCCCCGGGACAUCAUUGUCAUAAUGGUUCGACUGGCCAUCCUGCUCUCUGUGUUGCUGACUGUGCCCCUUAUUCACUUCCCUGCCCGUAAGGCUGCGACCUUGCUGCUGUUUGGACGACGGCCCUUCUCGUGGCUGAUCCACAUCAUUGCAACUCUAAUCAUCCUGAGUGUGGUGCUGCUGCUGGCCAUCUUUGUGCCUAAUAUCAGAAAUGUGUUUGGAGUUGUGGGAUCAACAACAUCCACCUGCCUUAUGUUUGUUUUUCCCGGCAUUUUCUACCUCAAGAUCAACAGAGGACCCCUCAGAUCCUUCGACUCCAUCGCCGCUGUCCUUCUGGUGGUCAUUGGUUUCAUUAUGGGAAUCAUCAGUUUCUCUUUUAUUGUGAUCACAUGGGUACAUGACUCCUAACACCUUUCCCAAAUAAAGCACAGCAGUAAAGAAAGGGGAAAGCAUGCAAAAGAAACUGAAUAGUGGAUAAAAAAGGUUGUUUUAUGGUCUUUCUCUCAACACUAGACUAGUGCUUUUGUACUUUCUAACUCACAAACAUAGACCAAACUCAGCACAUGAGCGAGAACAAAACAAGGACUUUUCAUGUUAUGCUUACAGAUUUUUUUUUACUUUUCUUUUUUACACACUGGCUUUCAGACUUUAGUUUAUCAUUAUGUUCAUUUUAUGUCCUUGUUUUUCACUUUUACUUUCUGACAGCCUUUGUAUUGUUCUGUGUAAAUGAUCAUGCACCUUAUUUAAACCAAUCUGCCACUAUUUGAAAAAGCUGUUGACCAAGUCUGAGCCAUAAAUGUGUCAGGUAUACAGCUUUGCCAAACUUUGUUUAUGGAACAUUUUCACAGUUUUACAUACACCAUCACUAAUUUUCAUUCCCUGAUUUAUUUAAUUGCUUUUAUUUUUGGGGAUUUUGCUUUUAAACUUGUUUUUUCUCGUAAUCAUUUAAUGCAUGUAUUGAUUUUCCAAACCUCAGGCCUAAACUUUUCUGGUGCUACUUGUAUUCUUGACCUUUUAAUGAAUGUUUGGACCAUAAAUCCAAUGCACUGUAUGUGGUUAUAAUGUACUGUACAAUAAUAUAAUUGUAUUCUUCAAAUUAGUGGCAUUUAAUAAAAGGGAAAUUGUUUAUACACUGA